AAUAGUGUGUGGAUUUAUGCAAACACUGAACUUGACACAACGUCUUCACAUUCUCAAAGCCCUGCAUGCAUGCUUUAUUCUCACUCUUUUAUGUACGGGAAUUGUUGGACUUGUCCUAUUCAGUGCAAUUGUCAGCCAACCGAUAAGAAAUUGUCCUGUGCUACAUGCAAUAUACACUGUCUUUUGGCUAUCACUUGGACUGUCUAUCUUACAAGUUGUUCUAGCCAUCAUCUUCUUCUUAUGGUUUCUUUUCACAUUUCUUCUUUUCCCUGUAAAAUCAUCAAUUGUUAAUGAUGUGACUACAGGCCAGUGUGCACUUCAAGUUGACCAUCAAUCAAUCAAUCCACCGGAUAAUAAUAAUAAUCCAUUCAGUUAUUGUACGGCAGCUGUUGAUCUUCAUUGUGGUCAAGCGGCUUUUGGACCUUUCAAUUUCUCACGUUCAUAUUGUGAUAGUGAAGAUACACUAGAUACUUCGUCAAAUGGAUGUUCUGAUUGUUGUCAGUUUAAAAUUGGAUGGUUUUGUUUUGGUUCUAUUUUCCUGGGAAUUUUAUCAAUUGGUUUAAUUCUAAGCAUGAUAUUAGUGGGAAAUUUUUUAAAUCAAAUGGAUACCAUAUUCAAUUCAGAGAUGGCUAGUAUAUUCGUUGAAGCUCGAGUUAGUUAUUUCAACUUAAAAACGCAUAACAAUGCAUUCCUGUGUUGGGAAGUAAUACAAAAAACAUUUCAGUGUUGUGGACAAGUUAACUACACCGAUUGGAGUUCAUUUGAUCAAAAAGAAUUGUUACAAAGUGGUAAUUUUUCUCUACCUGCAUCAUGCUAUUCUAAAUCUAUAACUACAAGGAAUAAUACUUCAUUACUAAUGAUUACUCGUCAGAUUUAUACUUCAGGUUGUUCAAAUCUUGUAAUAAAAUCGCUGUAUUUACAAUUAACUGCAUCACGAGUAUACUUAAUUGUAACUUUUAUCCUAUUGGUGACAACUUUUCUUAUUGACUUUACUUAUACUUUAUAUGUGGCGCAUAUAACUCUUCUUGAAAAUCCUAUUAUAGUAGACGGUGAUUGCAGUCAUCUUGAUGUAUGGCAGCAUAAUGGUGUAAUGCCAGGAAGAGGAGGAGGCGUAGGAUUAAAUGCAGCCAAUACAACAACAACAACAAUGACACGAAAAUUUUCUACACCUACUUUUAUAAAUAAUCACAAUGAAAUUGAAUCUAUAUCAUCCAGCAGUAAUUCAAGUUCACUGAUGUUCCAAAAUUCAGCCUAUCAACGACAUAAUAGUCGAUAAAUAAGACUAUCUGAUCUUUAAUGGGAACCAAUUGUUUAAAUGCUUGAAAAAAGUUGAAUUCUAGUCAUUUAUGAUAAUUGUAAAGUGUGUAUUCUGGUGUGUUGUUGUUGUUGAACGGAAAAAUAUUCAAUCAUCACGCCUCCCUUCUUGAUUAUGCAUAUGACAAAAACUGCUUUCAUCAUCUUUUAUCAUGUCACAUUGUCUUUACCUCGUGUAAAUUGCUUUUUUUGGGGGGGAGGGG